ACUGUUUAGUACUUUAGUAUGCGGUUUGAAACACAGCCUGUUGACGCAAUUUAGUGUUCCUGUCACAAACUAGCGACUAAAAUACUCGACAAUAUACGACUAGAGCCUAAGGUGAAGUAUGCCAAUCCAGUGCUUCUCAUUUCCUAUUCCUGAAACCAGAUUCUUUCAGGUUGGCCAACACAUCUACAAGUUUAAGAUAAGACCAGGAAGCAAAAUCAGUGGCAAGGAUGAGAUGUUGGAUAGUGAGCUUGUCAGUGAAGAACUGGAGAAUGCUGUACGAGUUGUGCUCUUUAGCCUGGACAGUCUUCACCCAUUUGCCACCCAACAUUUCAUCAUAUUUCCAUAUAAGAAUAGGUGGGAGCGUGUGUCAGAGCUGAGAUUCAGGAAGGGAGACAGGAACUUAUUUGCUUACCCCUUUCUUAUCACACUGUAUGUGGAGACAAAUAUUCCCAUUCCUCCACUCAUAGUGCAUGCAACGGAGCAGAUCCCUCCUGGUAGAGAAUCUGCAUUGGACAGUCCACCGCCUACUGCUUUCUUUCCCCUUUCCCCAGCAAAACGCAAAAGAACAGAGCAACCACAAGAAGGAGCUUUGAGCCUAGAUGACCAUUACGACAACUUGAAUACACCUCACAGAGGAGCAUCACCGUGCCUGGCUAAUGGUGCAGGAGCAGUUUGUGGCAGGGAGAUAUAUCCUGAAUCAGAGGAGUCGUUUCAAUCUACACCAGGUGCCAAAAACAUAGAGUUGGAUGUUGACCAGGAGAAUCCUGAUACGCCAGUGUCCACAGACAGUGAAAAACUAGGAGUUUUGGCUAGACUGGCCAGUGCUGUGUUUCCUUUCUCCUUACUUUUCCACAGGACAUAAUGAGACGUUAUUAUAAUGCAAAAGUGGAAACAUGUAUUUACCAUUAAUUCACAAUUUCACAUGAGUUCAAGCUUCAAAUAUCAAAUUUCUUUGUUUUUUUUAUGUAAAUAAGCUGUCAUUUUUGACACUGAAUUCUGUUGAACUUAGACGAAUCCUUAACUGAUUCUUUCUUCUUCAAAUGACUUUGUUAUAGUUUUCAGUUUGUAACUUUGAAACAUAUUUUGUAAAUAAAUACUAUUUAUGAUGGAGACUUCACUUGUGCCCGUCAACUAACCAGAAUACCCUUGUUAUUGUAAAUUACGUUGUUUUAAAAUAGUCCAAAGCUUAAACACCUUAAAUUGAGUGUGUAAGUGUAGAAAACCCAGUCCAUAAACAUUUACAUUUUCAGCAUUUAGCAGACACCUUUAUCCAAAGCGACUUACAUUUCUAUUACAGUAUACGAUCUGAGCAAUUAAGGUUUAAGGGCCUUGCUCAAGGGCCCAACAGCAGCAACCUGGCAGUGGUGGGGCUUGAACCAGCAACCUUCUGGUUACUAGUGCAGUACCCUAACCACUAGGCUACCUUUACAUUUUAAUAAGCAUUUAGCAUAUUUCUCCAUAGUCUAUUUGAUUAAAUCCAGAACCUAGUUCAGUGGUCCUCAGAGUACUAAGAGUACAAUGUACAUUUUAAUACAUUUAAUUUAAUACAAGCCUAUGUACAUUUGCUAACUGUAAUUUACUUUUUCUUUUUAUUUCAAUGUAAAUAAAAAUAAGUAUGCCUCUGUGUUAAUAA